GUAUCGGUGGUGGUAAAAGUUUAGAUUUACGUCAGCAAGUGAAAUUCUUUUGGAAUAUCCCCGGUUUAUUGAUGUUGAAGAAGGAUCGCUGAUUCUUCUUGACUUUCAUCGUAAAUAUCCGGACACGCAUUAUUCAUUACAAAUGCGCUUCCUUAAACGUUUUUCUACUUCCCUGACGUUGUUGGCUAAAAGGCAAAAAAUAGAUGUUCCCAAUUCAGCUGAUGAUUGUCUGAAAUCACUAGCUUUGUGUUUGAAGUUGAUGCCGUCCGUCUACAAAAUAAAAAAAGCAUCAUUUGAAUCAAAACUAGAUCGGAUGUUUCACUUCGUGAAGCAAAACGCUUCGAUUGUAGAGGCUGUGAAAGGAAAGGAUGCUGUCCACCACAAACAGCCCUACCUUAUUGUUCUAGGAUCUUUUGAGCAUCCUUUGUUCUUUAACUUAGUUGUGGACCAAACUGUUAUUCCACUUGGCCCAGACUGCCGGAGGGCUUUUAACAUUUUGUUCGCAUCCUUUUGGAUUUUCAGGCUUGAAUAUCCAACAUACCUGGAUAAAUUUUUUCUUUUUUUUGAGCAAUUUGUGUAUCAGGUAUUUUUAGGAGAAGACUGUUAUACCAUUUCUUCUUCAAAUCAAGAUUUCGCCAAUGUGCUUGACGAUAUCGCUUCAAAAAAUAUGUCUGGUGCUGUUGGUGAUGUUUAGCAUAGUUGCUUUUGAGGACGUUUGAAACAUUCAUCAAACUUUACCCGAGUUUUACUUAAAGUAUUUCAUAAUGUUAUGUAAUUCUCGAUGGAGAUUUUGUGUGCUUCUUGUUUGUAAUAAAAAUUUUCAAGCUCA